AUGGAGGUGGACUCGAAAGAUUCCAAGGAGAAGGACAUCAAGACAGGGCUGGAGGAGCUGGUCAACGAUGACCCCGAUGCUGCUCGAUUGGCGGAGAUGGGAUAUUCGCAGGAUCUAAAGCGAAAGUUUUCUGCCUGGUCAUUGAUCGCCGUCUCCUUCUCCCUUACGAACUCAUGGUUCGGCGUUUCUGCAGCUAUGAUAACUGGUAUCAACUCGGGCGGACCUAUUUUAUUGGUCUAUGGCCUCAUCAUAACCGGAAUCAUGUCAGUCGCUGUAGCGAUAAGCCUAUCCGAACUUGCCAGUGCUUAUCCAAACUCUGGAGGACAGUACUACUGGGCGAAACAGCUCGCCUCUCCACGAUAUGCACCCAUAAGCAGUUAUCUUACGGGGUGGACUGCCUAUCUAGGCUCUAUUUUUACGUCUGCUUCUGUUUCUUUGAGCAUGGGUGCAGCGAUUCUUGGGCUGUGGCAGAUUGGCCACCCCGACUUGUUCGUGAUCUCCCUCUCCGAUUUGAGACUUUUUAAUUCAGUGACAGCCUCUGCUGAUACCUAUCGACCAGCAAGCUUCGUAUUUACGGAGUUUAUCAACAAUACAGGAUGGAAGUCGGACGGAGUGGCAUUCAUCCUCGGUUUGAUCAACACUAAUUGGCCAUACGCAGCGAUUGAUUGUGCAACGCACUUGGCUGAAGAGAUCCAUCAGCCCGAGCGCAGGAUCCCGUUGGCCUUGAUGUCGACGAUUGCACUCGGUUUCGUGACAGCGUGGUGCUUCGUGAUCGGAAUGAUGUUCUCGCUGCAGGACAUCGAUACCAUUGCGGCAACUCCAACGUUAGUCCCUAUUUUCGAGAUUUUCAGACAAGCCGUUAGUGAGGCAGGAGCUCUCGGUCUUGGGACUUUGAUCGUUCUUACCGGUGCUGGCUGUCAAAUUGCUUGUCAUACAUGGCAGACCCGCCUGUGCUGGAGCUUCGCCCGGGACGCUGGAUUGCCAGGGCAUAAGUUCUUAAGCCAUGUGAACAAGGAGUUAGAUACGCCCCUGCGAGCUCUGACGGUCAGCUGUAUCUUUGAUGCGUUGAUCGGACUUCUGUAUUUGGGAAGUUCAGCGGCUUUAAAUUCCAUCAUCACCGCAGUCAUUACGACUCUAUAUGUCAGCUACUCGAUCCCGAUUCUGUGCCUACUGUUCAGAGGCCGCAACAACAUUAAACGUGGUCCCUUUUGGUGCGGUGCUCUUGGUCUUGUGUCGAACAUCAUCUUGCUGCUUUGGACAGCGUUUACACUUGUCGCCUAUUCUUUGCCUUCGUAUCGACCUGUGACGCCUACCAAUAUGAAUUACAUUUCAGCAGUUUAUGUGGCGAUGGCGGUCCUAAUCAUCUGCGACUGGUUUAUCAGAGGCAGGAAGUCAUACAUUGGGCACCAAACUAGCUUGUAA